AUGCCUUUAAUUUCAACUUCAGGAGUGUUAUCGUUAUAUUCUGACAAACAAUUAACUACCGAAAUGGCUGAAUCCGAUUCUUCGCUUAAUGGGUCUACAGACCUUCAAGAUUUAUUAAUGUGCGAGUCCUAUAUCGAUGAUAUUAUGUCCACGAUUAAUAACAACCCUUCUACUGCUCAAUCGCCUACCGCAACUUUACCUGAAUUUGAAACUCAACUUCAAUCGAUGCUCGUUAAUAAUAACACGAAAGAUUCUUCAUCUCAAUUGAACGAUUUGUUGAACAGCUUCCAAUAUCCAGCUCCUUUUUCAGACAUGCUUUCCUUGAGUUCUCCAAAGCCUUUUUUAUAUUUACCCGAUUCCACCUCUCUUGAUAAUAUAUGCCCCGAGUCUAUGCAAUAUUCGUUAACUUCUGACAACAACUCCAUAGCAAAUAUCUGUUCUCAAGAACCUUUUCUAUUCUCUCCAAACUCUGCUAACUUUGAUAAUAUCAGUACUUCGAAUCCUUUAUAUUAUUCGCCAAACUCUAGCGAAAUCUCCGAAGACAUCAGUUCUCCGGAUACUCUUUCUCCGUUAAAUUACACUCUCUUUCAAGAUUUAAAUGUUUCUCCAACUAACUCUGCAUUGGCUGACUUUGGCAGUUACUCUUCUCCAACGGAAAAUACAUUUGACGCCCUAUUACCCUCAGGGUUCAAUAUUGACCCUAUAGACGUCCAAUCUGAAAAUAAUAGAAAACGCGUUUCCAUUGGAUACGACUCUGUUUCUUCAGAUGAAUCUUCAAAAAAGAAACGUAAAGGUGCAAAUGGAUACGUUAAAUCCGCAAAAAAGACAAAUGCUUACGUCAAAUCUACAAAAAAAAUCGGUUCUAAUAAAAAUGGAACAAAUCCUGAUAUCAAUGCCACAUUUGAAGAAGAUUAUUCACCAUCCAAAUCUCCCGUAAUUGAUAUGGAGACUAUUAAGGCGUUAUUUGCUUCUUUAUCUGACACCGCGAAUCGAACCGCCGAACCUUUUGACACUAAUCUUGUUCAAGAUGAUCAUUCUGACGAAGAGGAUGAAAGCACGCCCUCCGAUACCAAGUUAUCAACGCCUCGCGCCAAAUCUCCGACUGCAACUUCUCAAAACUCAAAACCAUCAGCAAACAAGCAACAAAAGAAGCUUGCUCACAAUGUGAUUGAGCGUCGUUAUCGAAAUAAUAUUAAUGAUCGAAUUAAUGAUCUGAAAAGUGUAGUUCCCGCACUUUGCCAUUUGAAAAGCAAAGAUGAUGACGUAAUUGAAGAAGUGGAUGGCAUUCCGGCUGCUACGAAAACAAAUAAAGCUACUAUUUUAAAAAAAGCAACCGAAUACAUUGUGCAUCUAAAAAAGAGUAACGAAAAGUUUAAAAACGAAAACGACAUUUUAAAAAAGAUUAUUUUAACUAUUCCUGGUGGUAUCGAGUUAUUUGAAAAUUAUCUCACAAAUAUUGGUGAUGAUAUGAAAACUCCGCCGGCUACUCCUCCUUCUGAGUUUAAUGUUCCAUAUAAAUAUAAAUCGCCGACUCCUGGAAAUGCUGGUUCAAGACUAUUAAUGUCAUUUUUCAUGUGCAUGACUUUUCUUACGGAUAUAUCACAAUAUGCUCAAUCGACUCCACAUCAUCAUGGUGAAGGGCGUGUUAUUGUUAGUAAUACUACCGAAUCAGUAGUUCCAGAUGGAAUUUAUAAUUCACAAGAUGGCAUGACGAUCAAUAUCUGGUAUUUGGCCAAGAUCUUUACUUUCCUUAUGUGUUUCACUUAUGUUAUUUGGCCAUCCUUGUUUUCAACCAAAACACAACCCACCCGCAAAUCCGCUAUAAAUUCGGUUUUAUCUUCCAAGGUUAAAGAUGCAACGGAACUUUACACGUCUCUUUCUCACCUUACGAAUAUUUCAUUAAUGAGUACUUUGGGAUUUGUAAUUGGUCUUUUUAUUGAAUCUUUAAGAUUGUUUUUAAGAAGAUUUUUGAGCUGGGAAAUUUCAUGUGGUUAUGUUAAUGUAGAAGCGGAUGAAAGAUUGUUAGAGGUUGAAUUAUGGAACAGACUCGGUGAAGUAGAAUUAUGUGGUGGAAACAAAUGUGCAUCCAAUCUUUCAGUCUUAUACACAUGUCUUCGAACGAUUAAUCUUCUGGAAAGUCCUUACACUUAUCACAGGAAAAUGCGUAUCAGCUCUUCUCGUAUUUAUGCAAAUGCUGCAUUACAAUGCCAUGUUGGCCUCCGUUCAGUUCCCUUUUUAUCCCGUAGAGCUGUAUCUCAUUUCUGGAAACUGGCUAUUAAAGAAAAAGGCCGAUUCAACCCUGAAGAAAAAUGGCUUAAAAUUGCGCUUAUUAGCGACCAAAAUAACGGCAUAUGGGAAAGUGCUGCAAAUAGGAUCUGUGAUCAUGUCUUCAAUUUAUCAAAAAGCGACAAGGCUCUUAAACCUAUUAUUAGCACAAAUAUUCCUCUUACUUAUAUUUCUGAAAUUCAAGCGCUCCUUCAUAUUAAGGAAGCCUUUUCCAAUCUUAUUUCUGAACGACAGGGCACGAAUAAGAUUUUAAAGGAAUGCAAAUUUACCUUCUCUGAACUUUUCGAAAUUACCACACCUGCUUCCUUAAUGCAUUGGUAUGCAUUGGUUGGAUGUGCUGUCCAGGCUUUUCAUGAGGGUAAAAAUGAUUCUGGUGUAAAACUGAUAAACAAAUUGAGGGAAGAAUCAAGGAUUAAUGACAACUUGAGUAAACGAAUUAUUACCGUGGGUUUACUUUCUCGAUCUCUCUUGAUUUGUGGUAAGGUUGAAGCUUCCAUUCAUUGUGCUGAUAAAGCUUCCGACUAUCUAUCUUCACGAAAAGGUGAAAAAACAGAAGCUACAGACAUUGAUAAGGAUUUGGUGAUCGGAGAGAUUUUAAAUGAUGUUCAUGAUCUUGCAGAGUUUUGUGUUGGAUGGAUUGUUUUAGAAACAAGAGUUGUUGGACUGGGAAUUAUCGGACAUUUACUAUCAAAAAAUAAUGGUGAAGCAUUAUCAAACAUACUCAACGAGAAACAUUUAAGAUCUUCCAUUGACGUUUGGGCCCGUUAUCUACGCCGAUCAUCAAAAUCUAGUGUAUUUGACAGCAUCCCAAAGUCACGAGAAAGAUUUAUAAGGAAACUUGACCUUCUUGGAAGAAUUGUAUCUGGCAUCGAUGAUAAUGACUCUGGGUGUGAUUGUGAUUACGAUAAACAAAAUAUUAAUGAGUAUAAAGCCACAAGAGCCAUGCGUGUCUUAAAGGGCAUGUAA